GCCCUCCUCUCAAGGGCUAGCAGGUUCCCUCUGGACCUGUAGGGCACCACCCCCAUCUAGCCACCAUGGCGCAUGGCUUCCCAGUGGGAUUCGACCCAGCGGGCCUCAGAGACCUAAGCUCUGGCUCUCUGAGCUCCCUCUCCUCCCGAGGCCACCUGGGCAGCGAGUCAGGCUCUGCAACCAGAUACCUGCUGAGAAAGCAACGGCGGCUGCUGAAUGGGCCCCUCCGCGGAAUCCGAGCCUCAUCGCCCAUGGGCCGUGUCAUCCUCAUCAACUCCCCCAUCGAAGCCAACAGCGAUGAAAGUGACAUCAUCCAUGCAGUUCGAGUGGAGAAGAGUCCAGCUGGGAGGCUGGGGUUCAGUGUGCGGGGCGGCUCUGAGCACGGCCUGGGCAUCUUCGUCAGCAAGGUGGAGAAGGGGAGCAGUGCAGAGCGGGCUGGUCUGUGCGUGGGUGACAAGAUCACUGAGGUGAAUGGGCUGAGCCUGGAGAGCACCACGAUGGGCAGCGCUGUGAAGGUGCUGACGGGCAGCAGCCGCCUGCACAUGAUGGUGAGGCGCAUGGGCCGCGUACCAGGCAUCAAGUUCUCCAAAGAGAAGACCACAUGGGUGGAUGUGGUCAAUCGGCGUCUGGUGGUGGAAAAGUGCAGCUCAACGCCCUCUGACAGCGGAUCAGAGGACGGCGUACGGCGCAUCGUCCAUCUCUACACGACCUCUGACGACUUCUGCCUGGGCUUCAACAUCCGCGGGGGCAAGGAGUUCGGCCUGGGCAUCUAUGUGUCCAAAGUGGACCAUGGUGGACUGGCCGAGGAGAAUGGCAUCAAGGUGGGGGACCAGGUCCUGGCGGCCAAUGGUGUCAGGUUCGACGACAUCAGCCACAGCCAAGCCGUGGAGGUGCUGAAGGGCCAAACACACAUCAUGUUGACCAUCAAGGAGACCGGCCGGUACCCUGCCUACAAGGAGAUGGUUUCUGAAUACUGUUGGCUGGACCGAUUGAGCAACGGGGUGCUGCAGCAGCUGUCCCCCGCCUCGGAGAGCAGCUCCAGCGCCUCCUCAUUCGCCUCCAGUGCCCCCUACAGCUCGGCUGAUGGCUGGAGCUCCCUGCCCUCGGACCGCAUGGAUGUCUGCCUGGGGUCUGAGGAGCCAGGCAGCUGGAGCCCAGGCCGGGGGCGGGCAGACACGGCCAUGCAGACGGAGCCAGACGCGGGGGGCCACGUGGAGACCUGGUGUAGCCUGCGGCCCACAGUCAUCCUCAGGGACACGGCCAUCCGCUCCGACGGCCCCCCGCCUGCCCCCCGCCUUGACUCUGCGCUCUCUGAGUCCCCCAAAACUGCUCUGCUCCUGGCCCUCAGCCGACCCCGGCCCCCCAUCACCCGCUCCCAGAGCCACCUGACCUUGUGGGAGGAGAAGAAACAGCGGAGGAAGGAGAAGUCGGGGUCCUCUGGGGAGAAGGGGGCCCUGCAGCGCUCCAAGACCCUGAUGAACCUCUUCUUCAAGGGAGGGCGGCAGGGGCGGCUGGCAGGGGACGGGCGCAGAGAGGCCUGGACGCUGGACAGUGGGAGCACGGCCAAGCCCCGCCCCCACCCGGACCUGGAGAAAGCCCCCAGGGCUCUGCUCUCUCCUGGUUCUCCUCCGACUUCUCUGGCCACUCCUCUCCUUCAAAGGCUCCUCUUUUUCUUUCUGUCCCUUGAAGCAGGGGGAGUGGGGUCCGUGCAGAAGUUUGUCACCUGGAGGCUGAGACGUGACCGGGAGAGGGGCCGGACUCUGCUCUCUGCCAGGUCCAGGAGCCCCUCCAGCCAGCUGCCCAACGUGGAUGAGAGGGUGCAGGCCUGGGAGAGCCGAAGGCCCCUGAUUCAGGACCUGGCCCGGCGGCUGCUGACUGACGACGAGGUGCUGGCUGUCACCCGCCACUGUUCCCGGUAUGUGCAUGAUGGCGGCGUGGAGGACCUGGUGAGGCCCCUGCUGGCCAUUCUGGACAGGCCUGCGAAGCUGCUGCUGCUGAGGGACAUCAGGGGUGUGGUGGCCCCCACAGACCUGGGUCGCUUCGACAGCAUGGUGAUGCCUGUGGAGCUGGAGGCUUUUGAGGCCCUCAAGAGCCAGGCAGUUUGGCCUCCUGCCUUGCGACCAGCCCGGCAGGACACACCGCCCAAGCGUCACCUCAUCACUCCUGUGCCUGACAGUCGUGGAGGCUUCUACCUACUUCCUGUGAACGGCUUCUCAGAGGAGGAAGAUGAUGAGGAGCUGAGGGAGCAUCUGGGGGGCCUCCAGGUCUCCCUGGGUGCCUCUGCCUCCCGCCACCCUCAUAAAGGGAUCCCCCCUCUCCAGGAUGUGCCAGUAGAUGCCUUCAUCUCACGCAGAAGCACCUGCACACCCCCUCCCCAGCCACCCCCCGUGGCUCCCCGGCCCCCAAGGCCUAACUGGCUGCUGACAGAACCCUUGACCCUAGAGGGCCCUCGGCAGAGCCGGAGCCAGGGCCCAGGCCAGAGCCGCAGCCGCAGCCGGGGCAGAGGCAAGUCCCCCGGACGCAGGCGUUCCCCAUCCCCGGCACCUAUCCCCACUCCCAGCACAGCCAUUGGGCGCUACCACAAGCCUCGGAAGGCCAGGCCUCCUCUGCCACGACCUACGGAUGGGCAGGUGGCCAAGGCAGGGGGCAGUCAAGGGCCCGCUGAGAACGGAACCGGUGGGACAGCCGAAGAGGCAGCCAUGAAGGUCCCCAGUGGGGAGCUGAGGACCGUCACGCUAUCCAAGAUGAAGCAGUCCUUGGGCAUCAGCAUUUCUGGGGGCAUUGAGUCCAAGGUGCAGCCCAUGGUGAAGAUAGAAAAGAUCUUCCCUGGGGGCGCCGCCUUCCUCAGUGGGGCCCUUCAGGCUGGCUUUGAGCUUGUGGCCGUGGAUGGAGAGAGCCUGGAGCAGGUGACCCACCAGCGGGCAGUAGACACCAUCCGCCGGGCUUAUCGAAACAAGGCUCGGGAGCCCAUGGAGCUUGUGGUCAGGGUCCCCAGGCCCGACCCACUGCCCCUACCCUCUGACUCAUCAGCCUUCACUGAACAGCGGCUUCCUGGUGACCACUCCCCUGCCCACUGACCCCUUGAUGGUAUUCCAGCUACCUCCCACUGG